UCUGACAACCCACAUCAAGUUCUUCUUAGGCCCUGUGGGCCUGGACUUGGGGAGCGGGCACACCAGCUCCCAGGGAGGCCCUGGGAUUCUCCAUACCCACAUGCACCACUUCCUGGAUUUCCUGGCAAGUGCUGCAGAAGUGUGGGUGGAAGUCCUGUGGUCACAGCCCUCAGGUGGCAGGCUCUGCUGAGAUGGGGCCCAGAUGUCUUUUUCUGGACAGCCCCAGUGCUGCUUCCGACUCGGGGGCUGCUUCUCGGGAAGUCUCUCGGUUCUGUGGCCGGCCACCUCGAGUACUGGAACCUGACAAUAGGUGCUGGCUGCAGCAGCCGCCUGCAGCGCUUUGGGCCUCCUACCUGUCCAGACUACGAGUUCACGCCAAACUGGGGACUCGGUGACUUUGGCGAUACCACAGCACAUCCUUUCAAGAAGUGUUCUUCUGGGUAUUGCAACCCCAGUGGCACAGAGCUGUGGAGCUCUAAGAGCGGAGCCACAAGUCCAGCACCCAUGGAGAGCCAUGGUGGAACCCAGAAGCAGUGUUGAAAGAAGCCCAUCCCUCCCAGGGAUGUCUCUCCUUUGAGAGUGGAAGAAGCAACCAAGAAUAGAAGAACCAAGAAUAAGGUCUCCAGGCCAGGCUUUGCCCUGCCCUCAGAGCUGCCCCUGCUCCUCAUCUUGGCAGUGGUCUUUCUCUUCAAGAGAAAAGCCCACGCCCAUCCCUGUCCCAGCUUGCCUUUUGGAGACCACAGCACCUCAACACACUGGCCCUCUCCCGGCACCCUGGAAGGACUGGAUAGCAGGAACACUGGGCAGACACCUCUGCCGCAGCCCUCAAGCUGAGAACUUGAGGGCCUGGCUUCACAGCCCCCGUCUUGCCUCCUGGAUGAGCUGAAAGUUCUGGAGGAACUGAUUUUGCUGCUGGACUCUGAGCUUGGGCCGGCAGGACACCUGGCUGCAAGAUACGGGGUGCCUGCCACUUGGUCUACCUUUGCCUCCUCACUGAGAGCCCCGAUUGAGAUGGGGGGACAGCUUGGCACACACCUGGCCCAGCUAGGGAGGGCGGAUGCCCAGCAGGUGCUACCCAAGCUUGGCUAAGUCAGGGUUUGCUGGG